AAAAGUUUAAAGGUAUGGCAAAAAAAUCAAAUGAAAAACAGUAAUACUGGCACACUGAAUCAAGUGAAUAAAAGUUACUAUCCAAGAAAAGCAACAAACAAUAAAUGAAAAGCAUAUUGGAAUCUCAAUAAUACUUAUCCUUAUAUGUUUCGUGCAUCAAACAAUCAGCUAUGGCGAAUCUCAAAACAAACUCUCUAACUAUUUUGGUUCUGUUAUCACUCCAACAUUUCUUCCCUCUACACGUUACUUGUACUAUCACUGGUUCCAAUAAUCCUUCACCAUCCAAAACAUCAAACAGAAAAACCAUUCUAGUUUCUGUCGCAGCCACAGCAUCACUCGUUCUACUAUCCAUCAUCGGAUUCUUAAUCUUCCGUUGUCUAAGAAAGCCUAAUGCGAGAAACAAAAACCUAGAACCCGAAAACGAAAACACGUGUCGUCACUUUUCCAUCGAAGAGAUAAGAGCCGCCACAAAAAACUUCGACGACGGUUUAAUCGUCGGUAAAGGAGGUUUCGGAAACGUUUACAAAGGACACAUUGACAGGUGUCAAGCGCCCGUUGCCGUUAAGCGGCUCAGACCGGGUUCAGAACAAGGUGCACAGGAGUUCCAAACCGAAAUCGAACUGCUCUCACAGUUUCGUCACCCUCACUUGGUUUCUCUCAUUGGUUACUGUAACGAAGGUGGAGAAAUGAUUCUCGUCUACGAUUUCAUGGCGCGUGGUACCCUACGCGAUCAUCUUUACGGUAAUAGUAACGCGCUUUCGUGGAAUCGACGGCUUGAAAUUUGUCUCGCUGCGGCGCGUGGGAUUCACUUUCUUCAUGAUGGGGUUAAUAAUGUCAUUCACCGUGAUGUGAAGACUACGAACAUUCUUUUGGAUGAGAAUUGGGUUGCGAAGGUUUCGGAUUUCGGGUUAUCGAAGAUUGGGCCGAAUGGGUCGACCCAUGUUACAACUGAUGUGAAGGGUAGUAUCGGGUAUUUAGAUCCGGAGUAUUAUAUGAGUCUUUGGUUGACUCAAAAAUCUGACGUGUACUCUUUUGGUGUAGUUUUGUUGGAGGUAUUGUGUGGAAGAGCACCUAUCAAGAGCACGGUGGACAAGCAGCAGGAGUUAUUGGUUAAGUGGUUCAAGAAGAGUUUUGACGAAGGAAAAGUUGAUCAGACGGUGGAUCCUAGUUUGAAGGGAAGCAUUAAGAAUAAGUGUUUGAAGAAAUUUGUUGAAGUUGCGUUGAGUUGUUUGCAUGAUCACGGGAAACAACGGCCUCUGAUGAGAGAGGUUGUCACGGGAUUGGAGUGUGCAAGGAAUCUACAACAAGGUGGGGUCCAUGUGGAGGGAAAGGGUAAAGUUGGAAAGAAGGAAAUGAGGUUUACCAAAAAAAUGGAGGGUGAGAAUUUAGGGAGAGGGAAGGAGGAGUCUAGUAGUAGCAGUGGUAGCAAAGGCACGACAACAUCAAUAUCAACAUCAACAUCAACAUCAAGAUGCAGUCAGGAGGAGCAAGCUUUGGUUGUGUACCACCAGAGCUUGGAGUUGGAUAUCCCAUAGGCCAUGAUAGCACUGUAAAUUAAAUGUGUGCGUUCUCAUAUGGGCGUAUUGUAUUGCCGUAGAUUCUCUAACUUUUACUUCACUAUUAUUUUUUCCUUUUACCUCUGUCUCUCACUCUGUCUUAAUUUUUUUUUUAAUCUCAAGACUAUGUAUUUUACUUAAUUUUUUUGCCUGAAGUUAUUGUAUCUUUCUUUCUAAAAAAUAAACGAUACAAGUUCUCA